UAUCAUUAUUUUUGCCAUCUUAGGAACUAUUUUCCAAGUACAGAAGAAACUACAAAAGGGAAAUAUUCCUUCUGGAAUUUUCAGUCGCAAAAAUACGACUGUUUUUUAUUAUUAUAAAAUGACAGAAGUGCCCCUCUAUUUCAUAGAACAACUCUUCAUCACUGUUUCAUAUACCUCUUCCUCUCGUCACUUCUCACUAUUUCUACAUUAGACUCCCCAACCGAGUUGUUCAAAAAAAAAAAAAAAAACCUCCCCAAGUGAACAUCACCAAAAGUCAACAAACCCAAAAACAAAAACAUUAAACCUCAAAUCGAAACAAUGAGAUGUUACAAAGGAUCAUCCAUUCUCGCCACCGGUCAUCACCCAUUUGUCUAUAAACGACCAAUCUCCUCUCUACCCGCUUCUUUCCCUUCUACUACCCUCUCUUACCCAACCCGAAACCGUUUCUUAUCAACCCGGAUCCAAGCCCGUCUCAUUCACGACGACCCAGUAAAGCAAUCGGAGGAUCUGAGCUUCUACGAUCUCCUCGGCGUCACCGAAUCUGUUAGUCUCCCUGAAAUCAAACAGGCGUACAAACAGCUUGCUCGAAAGUAUCAUCCCGAUGUAUCGCCGCCGGAUCGGGUCGAGGAAUACACAGAUCGGUUUAUUAGGGUUCAAGAAGCUUACGAGACUCUCUCGGAUCCUAGCCGGAGAGUUCUCUACGACAGAGAUUUGUCUAUGGGAUUCUCAUUUUCGUUCUCAGGACGACGCCGGAAUGGAUACCAUGAGGAAGUGGUGGAAGAGAAGAGUGAGUGGAAGAAAAAAUGGCAAACUCAGCUCUCAGGGCUAAAGAAAAGAAGCAAUCAAAGAGACAACAACUCAAUGUCUUGGGCUGCUAGAAUGCGCCGUCAACAUCACACGUCUGAAGAUUCUUCUGCUUAACCCACAACCACCAUAUCUCGCCUCCUUAAUUUAUAGGUUUUUAAUUGGACACAAACAAAACAAAGGGUUCGACCGUUGAUAGAAAAGAAACAGUGGUGUGGUUGGAGAUUUUGAGACGGUAAAAAAUAUAGCGGUACAGUUAAAAAUCGUAUUAAAAAGUAUGUUCAGAUUUCGUUCCAAACUUACAAUCAAAACUUUAUUACAUCCAAUUUUACGAGUGAAACUAAUUAGUACUGUAAUGUACCUUGUAACUUUGUAAGUUGUAACGGUAACUUCGUGUACCAUACGAAUGAUUAUUUAAUUUAAAUAUAUAAUAAUUUCAUAACAA